AUGUCAGACAGUGAUCAACCUAUUCAAGUAAAAAAGGAACCAUCAUUUGCUAACGAUGAUGAUUUGACUUUUGAUGAAGAGUUCAGAAGAGCUGGUGAUCAAGGACAAGAGAACAAAGAGGUUGAGAAUCCCGAUGAUACUACAUCCUUAAAACGUACUCGUGAGGAACUGGAGCAAGAGGAAACCAAUGACAAAGAAAAAGAAGACGAGAAAGAGGAAGAAGAAGAAGAAGAAGAAGAUGAGGAUGAUGAGGAUGACGAAGAAGAAGAAGAAGUUUCUAGUAGAAGAAAACGAAGAAGAGGAGCUAAUCAAUUCUUCGAUAUAGAAGCAGAAGUCGAUGAUGAAGAAGAAGAUGAAGACGAUGAAGAUGAAGAAGCAGAGUUGAUGAGAGAGGAAUUUAUCACUGAUGACCAUGCUCCAGUCGAAACAGUGGAAAAGAUGCCACAGGAUGAUAGAUUACACAGACAAUACGACAAUCGUCGUCAGCAAGCAGAAGAUCAAGACGCUGAACAAUUGGCAGAAACUUUAAAGCAAAGAUAUAGAAAGACCCAUUCAGUAUAUAGGGGAGAGACUGCUACCAGUGGUACUGUAUCGCAAAAAUUAUUAAUGCCAUCGAUCAACGAUCCAUCUAUUUACGCUAUCAGGUGUACACCCGGUAGAGAGAAGGAAUUGGUUCGUAAAUUAUAUGAAAAAAAGAGAACACUCGAGAGACAAGGAAACCCUUUAGAUAUAUUAACUGUAUUCCAAAGAGAUGCAUUUACCGGAUACAUAUAUAUCGAAGCCAAAAGACCCGAUGCAAUUGAUAAAGCUCUCGUGGGUAUGGUAAAUGUUUUUGUUAGAGACAAGUUGUUGGUUCCAGUGAAAGAGUAUCCCGAUUUAUUGAAGCAAGUUAAAUCAUCUGAUGUUGAAAUCCGUCCUGGAAUUUAUGUAAGAAUCAAGAGGGGAAUUUAUAGAGGUGAUUUAGCAAUUGUUGAUAACUUGUCAGAGAAUGGUUUGGAUGUGCGUUGUCAGGUUGUUCCAAGACUUGAUUAUGGACAGAAUGAUGAAAUAGGACCUGAUGGAAAGGUUAUAAAACUGAAAAUCAAACCGAUGCCAGCAUUAUUUAGUGAACAAAAGGCGAGAAUGUAUGAUCCGUAUAAACUCCAGAUGGGAAGAGUUCCCAACAGUUUCAUCUAUCGUGGUAAUGAGUACUAUGAUGGGUACUUGUACAAAGAUUUUAAAUUGCAGUUCAUUCAAACCAAGGAUGUUAAUCCCACUCUUGAAGAGUUGGACAGGUUCCAAAACCAAAAUGAUGAAGAUGGGUUAAACUUACAAGCGAUAGCCGCAACAUUAAAAGGCAACAAUGCAAGUGAGGGUAAAUCAUCGACAGCUUUCCAGCCUGGAGAUAAAGUUGAAAUUCGUCGUGGUGAACAGGCCAAAACUAUUGGUGUUGUCGUUGAAACUGCGUUGAAUGAAAUCACGAUAAAGGUUACAGAUAGUGGUGAUCCAAGAUUUGUGGACCAAAGAUUGACAGUUCCUGCCAAUGAUUUGAGGAAAAUUUUCUAUGAAGGUGACCACGUGAGAAUUGUUGAAGGUAAGCACUUUGAUGAGACUGGGUUAGUUAUAAAGAUUGACGGAGAUUCUGUCGUUAUUGUCAGUGACCAAACAAAAGAGGAUGUAAGAGUAUUUGCCAAUUAUCUUGUGAAAGCAACAGAUGCUUCUUCCAAUUUUGAUUUAUUGAGUAAUAAGUAUGAUAUCAAGGAUUUGGUCGAAUUGAGUGGUUUAACUGUAGGGGUUAUUGUCAAGGCUGAGAAAAACAUAUUCGAUGUGCUUACCACCGAUGGCCGUUUAAUCAGUGUUAAACAAUCGGGUAUUGCUUCCAAACUCAAACAGAGCCGCCGUGAACAAGUAGCUACUGAUAGAAACGGUAUGACUAUAAGAGUCGGUGACACUGUUAAAGAGUUGUUGGGUGAGAAAUCUAGAGAAGGUGCUAUUUUGCAUAUUUACAAAAAUGCAUUGUUUAUCAAAUCUAAUGAAAUAGUGGAAAAUUUGGGUAUAUUUGUUGCGAACCGUAUGAAUGUUACGACAAUUGCUACAAAAGAUUCAAUGGUGUCUAAAAGUCUAGGUCCAGAUUUGACAAGUAUGAAUCCAAACUUGAGAUUACCUAAUCCUGUCGCUGUUGCUGGAUUAAAAACUAGAGUUGGUGGCAGAGACAAAUUGUUGUACAAAGAUGUAGCUGUUACUAGUGGUAGCUAUAAGGGAUUGAAAGGUAAGGUUACAGAAGCAGACGACUUGUAUGCCAGAAUCGAAUUACACACAAAGAGCAAGAAGAUCAAAGUCCUUAAAAACAACUUGAAUGUUAUUGUUCAUGGUCAGCCCGUGCCCUAUUUAAGAUUUAUUGGUGCAGCACCGGAACUUUCACAACCUAACCCACCAGUGUAUGGUUCAAAUGGAGACAGAUCCACUUGGAACGGUGGUAUGACACCUUCCGUAGCAGCUGCCAGUGGUGGUACAUCGGCUUGGGGAGGAAAUAGAGCUGGUUUUGGUGGAGAUGGUGGUAAGACUCCAGCAUAUGGUGCUGGAGCUGCCUCUGCCUGGGGUGGUGCUUCUGCUUGGGGUGGAGGAGCAGGAGGAAAUUCCGCCUGGGGUGGCAAUAAAGGUGCAGGCUCUGCCUGGGGUGGUAAUAAAGGUGCAGGUUCUGCCUGGGGUGGAAACAAAGGAGGAAACUCUGCCUGGGGUGGAAAUAAGGGAGGCAAUUCCGCAUGGGGUGGAGGAAGUACCUGGGGCAGCGGUGGCAAUUCAACAUGGGGAGGCAAAAAAGGUAAUAAUAGUACAUGGGGAGGUAAGUGA